AAGAGUUUACUCGAGUUUAGUUAGAGCAGUUUGACCUUCCCCAAAAAUUCUCAUAAUUCUCGCACUUGUUAAAUUUGUAGUUUGAAAAAGAACAUUUCAACUAUAAAUUACAAAAUGGCAUCCACAAAAUUUACAACAGUCGCGAGAUCGUUAAGCUCAGGCUCAACCCAAGGAAUGGUCAAACCCCCAAUUAAAGUAUUUGGUAUUGAAGGGCGUUAUGCCACCGCUUUGUUUUCUGCCGGAACAAAACAGAAUAAAUUGGAAGCCAUCGAAAAAGAUUUAAUCAAAUUUCAGACUGCAUUAAAAUCAGAUAAAGUCCUUAAGGAAUUUGUUGAUAACCCAAUUAACAAAAGAUCAUUAAAGUCUAGCACUUUACAAUUGGCUGCAAAGAAACUUGCUCUUUCACCUCCAUCAUCCAAUUUUUUGAGUAUGUUUAAUUUUUAUAUUUUGCCUUUGGAUUCAGCUGAUCAACAGGAACUUAAAAAGACAUUGCAAGCAUUUUCCAAAAAAGGAGAGACAAUCAAGUUAGAAUUAAAAGUUGAUCCAACACUUAUUGGUGGAAUGAUAGUCAGCAUUGGUGACAAAUAUGUUGAUAUGAGUGUUGCUACAAAAAUUAAGAAGUACACCGAAAUCAUCCAGGAAGCCGUUUAAAUUGAAAUACGAUGUUUAGUCAUAGUAAAAAAUGAAAUAUUUUAGUGUGUACUAAUUAUUAUAAAUUAACUAUGUACAUU